AUGGCGAGUCAGACUGAACAGCGGCAGCACCAGCCGACGACGGACCAGGUGGACCAAUCGAAUGCGGACUCUGCAGCGACGGGGGCGGUGGGAUCCGGUCACCUCGACUCGACACUGGCGUUGGAACCCUUCAAUUUCGACUCGACUACGUCGGAACCGUUUAAUCUCGACUUGACGCUGUCGUCGGGACCCCCCAAAGUCGAGUCGACAUUGUCGUCUGGACCGCCUAAAGUCGAAUUGACGCUGUCGUCGGGACCGUCUGAAGUCGAGUGGACGAGCGACGAGCCUACCAAGGAGGGGCCGGGGGAGGGGGCGAAAUACGGUCCAGAGGUGGUGGCGGUCGAUACGUGUGCGGAAGGGGCGGGUUUGAACGACGUGUCUGGGUUGAAUGGAGAGUCGGCAUUGGAGGAGCAACCUGAACGAGAUUCGACGGCAAACCCGAUGGAGUCAGAGUCUUCUUCGCCCGACGAGGCCGCCGUAUUGGAGCCCACCCCAGACCAACAAACCAAUCCCGAAUCCGCACCAGUACCACAUCCUCACGCAGAUACGACGCCAGCGCAACCCGGCCCCGACCCACAGCCCGAACGAGCAUCCCCAUCUCCCGGGGGCCCUUCGAAACCCUACGUCCGCGUCGCUGAACCGGAGGACUUUGAGCAGAUUGUGGAGGUGGCGCAUAACGCGUUCGUGCAUGAUCCCGUGGAGUUGUAUUUUGGGAAUGUGAAAGAGAUCACAGCAGACGGCCUCCUCCCACACGACAGCACCAACCUCCGCGUAUGGGUCUCCUACCUGUACAAGUUGUGUAUGGCGAUCGGAGGGCGGGUGACGGUUGUCGUUGAUCCUUCCUUGCCCAAGGUUCCUGGACCAAAGGGAGAGGGGGAGAGGGAGAAAGUGUGCGCAGCAGCGUACUGGCUUCCUCCCAAGCAGCGGAUUAGCGUCUUUGAUGUGCGCCUCCUUGUUAAAUGUGGCUUGAUGGAGACGUGGAAGGGGUGGGGGCUGUCUGGUGUUUAUCGAGCGGGCUUUGAGUACCUGUCCAAAUCGGAGAAAGUGAUGAAGAAGGUGUAUAGAGCGAAGGGCAUCAAGAAGUCGGUGGAGGAUUCGUGGUAUUUGUUGCAUAUGAUGACGGAUCCGGUGUUUCAAGGGAAAGGUUACAUGUCGAUGAUCAUCCGAGAAGCCCUUGAUCAUGCACCGGAUGCCAUCUUCGCUCAUGAAGCGACAACUGCCAAGUCGAGGGACCAGUACGUGCAUCUGGGGUACGAGCUCGUGGGGUCUUUCAAGAUUGGGAAAGGAAAAGUGGGUCCAGAUGGGCUUCCUGCGAAGGGGAAGGGGAAGGAGGAGGCGAGUGGAGUUGAGGCGUAUGCUAUGCUCAAAUUGCCACCGUCCAAGGGCACGCAGUAGUGCUUUAAAUUUCUAGAACGAAAGGCGUGAAGAGGUGCAAGCUCCGGAGACAUACUAGUUGAUCGAUCGUCCAUGCGGACGAACCCACAUUCUCACAUCCAGAUUUUCUAAUUCGUUGAACUAAUUUAUUGCGUAUACCACUUCUAGUACAAUUCUUCUACUCUCAUUCAGCAGCUUUCCACUUACACAUGGACUACUAAUUUAUUCCCGUUUUUCUCCCUGAAUUCUUGGGAUUG